AAUAACCCAUCAUGUAUAAUACAUUAUAUAAUAUCAGUGUGUGUACCGCCGCAUAGUGUGCCCCGCCCUGAUCCCUGGAUUUCUAUAUGUUCCGCCGUCUUUUUGGAAUAAGUAGAAUAAAAAAAUCAAGUUUGCGCGCACGCACGUAUUGGUGACGUCGUCGAAAUCGUCGAAAUCGUCGAAAUGUCCAAGACAAGAGCAUUGGAUCUGAUCAGAUCCGUGGCCCAACAUGCGAUAAAAAAAAACGCUUAUGGCCGGUGCAUGAAAAAUGGCUAUAUAUCAGCAGCAGCAGCAGCAGCAGCAGCAGCAGCAAUAUACUAUACUUACUUACUAUAUUCGUGUCAAACAGGUAGAAUUUAUUUCAGCGGAUAACGGAGAUUGCAUAGCUGAAUUCACAGUUGGCGAGGAACACCUAAAUGCCGGGGGAACGUUGCACGGUGGGUGUACAUCGACCCUCAUAGAUUGUGUAUCUUCGUACGCAUUGAUGACGACCGGAUCCGGAGCACCAGGAGUUUCUGUGAAUUUGGACGUUACAUUUCUCAAUGCAGCUCGUUCGGGUGAAAUAUUGAAGAUCGAUGCCAAAACGAUAAAAGCCGGUAGAAAAUUAGCGUUUUUAGCAGUCGAAAUGUCGAAGAAGAGCGACGGUGCGAUCGUGGCAAGGGGUUCGCACACCAAAUAUAUAGGAGCGUCCAAUUUCAAGACGGAUGAUUAACAUCGCGUUGCGCGUACAUUUUAUUUACAACAGGAUGAGAGAUAAAAAUAAUAGCUGUAUAAAACGUAAAAACUUUUUUACGUGUAAUCGUGUAAAUAAAGAAGGGGAAUAAAGUAUGAAUAAUAAUAAU